CGGGUAGUUUUUUCGGGUUUGUGGGUUGUUUUUUUCUCUUUUUUGGGGUGAGUUUGGGAGCGUUUCUCGGAGCAUGGAGGAGCAGCCCGGGGUGUCGGGCCCCCGACAGCAGCGCGGGGAGGUGGCGGGCGAGGGGCUGCGGUGACCGAGAUCCCCCCUCACCCCCGAGCCCAUCCCAGCGCUGGGAAACCCUCCGGAAUGGCCCGCUGGAUCCCCACCAAGCGGGAGAAGUACGGGGUCGCCAUCUACAACUACGACGCCGUGCAGGACGUGGAGCUGUCCCUGCAGGUCGGUGACACCGUUCACAUCCUGGAGAUGUACGAAGGCUGGUACCGAGGAUACACCCUCCGAAAUAAAUCGAAGAAGGGCAUUUUCCCCGAGACAUACAUCCAUUUAAAAGAGGCCAUCGUGAAGGACCGGGGACAACACGAAACGGUGAUUCCCAGUGAGCUGCCCCUGGGACAGGAGCUCACCUCCACCCUCAGGGAGUGGGCAGUCAUCUGGCACAAGCUGUACGUGAACAACAAGACCACCCUGUUCAGGCACGUGCAGCAGCUGACCUACAGCCUGAUAGAGUGGAGGUCGCAGAUCCUCUCAGGGACCCUUCCCAAGGAUGAGCUGGCUGAGCUCAAGAAAAAAGUCACUGCCAAGAUCGACUAUGGCAACAGGAUCCUGGGCUUGGACCUGGUGGUGAGAGACGACAACGGGAACAUCUUGGACCCGGACGAGACCAGCACCAUCUCCCUCUUCAGGGCCCACGAAACGGCCUCCAAAAGGAUUGAUGAAAGGAUCCAGGAGGAGAAGUCCCUGCAGCAGAAUCUGGACCUCAGAGGGCAGCCAAUCUUCAACUCCACCCACACCUACAGCCUGUAUGUGAACUUCAAGAACUUUGUCUGCAACAUUGGGGAAGAUGCAGAGCUGCUGAUGAGCCUCUACGACCCCGAUCUCUCCAAAUUCAUCAGUGAAAAUUACCUGGUUCGUUGGGGCAGCAAUGGGAUGCCUAAAGAAAUUGAGAAACUAAACAACCUGCAGGCAGUCUUCACUGACUUGAGCAGCUCUGACCUGAUCCGCCCCAAGAUCAGCCUGGUGUGUCAGAUCGUGAGGGUGGGCCACAUGGAGCUCAAGGAUGGGAAGAAGCACACCUGUGGGCUCAGGAGACCCUUUGGUGUGGCAGUGAUGGACAUAACUGACAUCAUCCAUGGGAAGGUGGAUGACGAGGAGAAGCAGCAUUUCAUCCCGUUCCAGCAGAUUGCCAUGGAGACCUACAUCAGGCAGAGACAGCUGAUCAUGUCCCCCCUGAUGACAUCCCACGUGAUAGGGGAGAACGAGCCCCUCACCUCUGUCUUCAACAAAGUCAUCGCUGCCAAGGAGGUGAAUCACAAAGGACAAGGCCUUUGGGUCUCCCUGAAGCUGCUCCCUGGGGAUCUGGCUCAGGUUCAGAAGGAUUUCUCCCACCUCGUGGACAGAUCAACUGCUGUGGCUCGGAAAAUGGGAUUCCCUGAGAUCGUCCUUCCUGGUGACGUUCGGAACGACAUCUACGUCACCCUGAUCCAGGGGGAGUUCGACAAGGGCAAGAAGAAGACCCCCAAGAACGUGGAGGUCACCAUGUCCGUCCACGACGAGGAUGGAAACCUCCAGGAGAAAGCCAUCCAUCCCGGCGCUGGUUACGAAGGUGUCUCCGAGUACAAGUCCGUGGUUUAUUACCAGGUCAAGCAGCCCUGCUGGUACGAGACCGUCAAGGUGGCCAUUGCCAUCGAGGAGGUCAGCCGGUGCCACCUGAGGUUCACCUUCCGUCACCGCUCGUCACAGGAGUCCAGGGACAGGUCUGAGAGAGCUUUUGGCAUGGGCUUUGUGAAGCUGAUGAAUGCAGAUGGAACAACGCUGCAGGAUGGCAAACACAAUCUGAUUGUUUACAAGGGUGACAACAAGAAAAUGGAAGAUGCCAAAAGCUACUUGAGCCUUCCCUGCACCAAAACGGAGAUGGAGGAGAGGGAGGCUCCUCCAGGGAAGAACCUGCACCACCUGGCCAACUUCACCCCCACGAAAGACAGCACAAAGGACAGCUUCCAGAUUGCCACUGUGAUCUGCUCCACCAAGCUGACCCAGAAUGUUGACCUGCUGGGUUUGCUGAACUGGCGCUCCAACUCGCAGAACAUCGCCCACAACCUCAGGAAGCUCAUGGAGGUGGAAGGAGGGGAAAUUGUGAAGUUUUUGCCAGACACCCUGGAUGCACUUUUCAACAUAAUGAUGGAGAUGUCAGAAAAUGAAACCUAUGACUUCCUUGUGUUUGAUGCCCUGGUAUUUAUUAUUUCUUUGAUUGGAGACAUCAAGUUCCAGCAUUUCAAUGCUGUACUCGAGACUUACAUCUACAAGCACUUCAGUGCCACCCUGGCAUAUGUGAAGCUCACCAAAGUGCUGAACUGCUACGUGGGGAAUGCUGAGGACUCCAGCAAGACAGAGCUGCUCUUUGCUGCCCUGAAAGCCCUGAAGUACCUGUUCAGGUUCAUCGUCCAGUCCCGGGUGCUGUACCUGAGUGUUUACGGGAACAGCGAGGAUGGGAAUGAAUUCAACGACGCCAUUCGCCAACUGUUCCUGUCCUUCAACGUCCUCAUGGACCGGCCCCUGGAGGAGGCUGUGAAGAUCAAGGGGGCAGCUCUGAAGUAUUUGCCAAGCAUCAUAAAUGAUGUCAAACUGGUGUUUGACCCCGUUGAGCUCAGUGUCCUCUUCAGCAAGUUCAUCCAGAGCAUUCCUGACAACCAGCUCGUGCGCCAGAAGCUGAACUGCCUGACCAAGAUCGUGGAGAGUGAUCUGUUCAGGCAGGCCGAAUGCAGAGAUGCCCUCCUGCCCCUGCUGAUCGACCAGCUGAGUGGGCAGCUGGAUGACAAUUCCCACAGGCCUGACCACGAGGCCAGUUCCCAGCUGCUGAGCAGCGUUCUGGAAGUGCUGGACAGGAAAGAUGUGGGCCCCACAGCUCUCCACAUCCAGCUGAUCAUGGAGCGCCUGCUGAGGAGGAUCAACCGCACGGUGAUCGGGAUGAGCCGCCAGUCCCCUCACAUCGGUAUUUUCGUGGCCUGCAUGACAGCCAUCCUGAGGCAGAUGGAUGAUUUCCAUUACAGCCAUUACAUCAGCACUUUCAAAACCAGGCAGGACAUUAUUGACUUCCUGAUGGAAACAUUCAUUAUGUUUAAGGAUCUGAUUGGGAAAAACGUGUAUGCAGCUGACUGGAUGGUCAUGAACAUGAUGCAGAGCAGGGUUUUCCUCAGGGCAGUGAACCAAUUCACCUCCGUCCUCAACCAGGCCUUUCUGGAUCAAAAAGGUUUUGAGCUCCAGCUCUGGAAUAACUUCUUCCACUUGGCAGUGGCUUUCCUGACCCACGAGUCCCUGCAGCUGGAGACUUUCUCCCAGGCCAAGCGCAGCAAGAUCAUCAAGAAGUAUGGGGACAUGAGGAAAGAAAUUGGCUUCAAGAUAAGGGAUAUGUGGUACAACCUGGGUCCCCACAAGAUAAAAUUCAUUCCAGCCAUGGUGGGGCCAAUCCUGGAGGUCACCCUGGUGCCAGAGCCUGAGCUCAGGAAAGCAACAAUUCCCAUCUUCUUUGACAUGAUGCAGUGUGAGUUCAACUUCAGUGGGAACAGGAACUUCCAUAUGUUUGAAAAUGAGCUGAUCACCAAGCUGGACCAGGAGGUGGAAGGUGGCCGAGGGGACGAGCAGUACAAGAUCCUGCUGGAGAAGCUGCUCCUGGAGCACUGCAGGAAGCACAAAUACCUGGCUGCCCCCGGGGAGGUGUUUGCCCUGCUGGUCAGCAGCCUGCUGGAGAACCUGCUGGACUACAGGACCAUCAUGCACGACGAGAGCAAGGAGAACCGCAUGAGCUGCACCGUCAACUUGCUGAACUUCUACAAGGAGAAGAAGCGAGAGGACAUUUACAUCAGGUACCUCUACAAGCUCCGGGACCUGCACACGGACUGUGAGAACUUCACAGAGGCAGCUCACACCCUGCUGCUCCAUGCAGAGCUGCUCCAGUGGUCUGAGAAGCCCUGUGCCCCCCACCUCAUGCAGAGGGACAGCUUCUACGUCUACUCCCAGCAGGAGCUCAAGGAAAAACUCUACCAAGAAAUCAUCUCCUUCUUCGACAGGGGCAAAAUGUGGGAAAAAGCCAUCCAGCUGAGCAAGGAGCUGGCUGACAUGUAUGAGAACAAGGUCUUUGAUUACGAGGGGCUUGGCAAUCUCCUGAAAAAAAGAGCUACUUUUUACGAGAAUAUCAUGAAGGCAAUGAGGCCUCAGCCGGAGUACUUUGCUGUUGGCUACUACGGGCAGGGUUUCCCCUCCUUCCUCCGGAAUAAAAUCUUCAUCUACCGUGGCAAAGAGUACGAGCGGAGGGAGGAUUUCAACCUGAAGCUGCUGACACAGUUCCCCAGUGCUGAGAAGAUGACCAGCACUGCCCCUCCUGGGGAAGACAUCAAGGCUUCUCCUAAACAGUAUGUGCAGUGCUUUAUUGUGAAGCCUGUGAUGAACCUGCCACCUAAUUACAAAGAUAAACCCGUUCCUGAACAGAUCCUGAACUACUACAGAGCAAACGAGGUGCAGCAAUUCACACACUCCAGACCUGUCAGGAAAGGAGAGAAAGAUCCAGACAACGAGUUUGCUACCAUGUGGAUAGAGAGGACAACCUACACCACAGCCUAUUCAUUUCCAGGCAUCCUCAAGUGGUUUGAGGUCAAGCAGGUCACCACGGAAGAGAUCAGCCCCUUGGAGAAUGCCAUCGAAACCAUGGAGCUGACCAACGAGAAGAUCACCAACAUUGUCCAGCAGCACAUGUGGGACAGGAGCCUCCCUGUGCACCCCCUGUCCAUGCUCCUCAACGGCAUCGUGGACCCGGCCGUGAUGGGCGGAUACACCAACUAUGAGAAGGCCUUUUUCACAGAGAAAUAUCUUCAGGAACAUCCUGAAGAUCAAGAGAAAAUUGAGCUGCUGAAGCAACAAAUCGCCAUCCAGAUGCCCCUGCUGGCCGAGGGGAUCCGGAUCCACGGCGAGAAGCUGACGGAGCAGCUGAAGCCGCUGCACGAGCGACUCAGCACCUGCUUCAAGGAGCUCAGGAGGAAGGUGGAGAAGCAGUACGGGGUCAUCACCCUGCCACCCUGCCUGACGGAGAGGAAGCCGAGCAGGUCGGGCUCCGUGGUGCUGCCCUACAUCAUGUCCUCCACCCUCAGGAGGCUCUCGGUCACUUCUGUGGCCUCCUCUGUGGUCUCCACGUCCUCCACCUCGUCUGACAGCACCUCCUCCAGGCCAGGCUCGGAUGGAUCCAUCCUGGAGCCUCUCUUGGAGAGAAGAAUAUCGACAUCUUCCAGAGCUGAGGAGCUGCCAGCGAAAGAUGAGGGUGACAACAGGAUCAGCAAACUCAAGAGGAAGGAGUGGAGCAUCAGCAAGUCUCAGGUUAUCGUGGAGAAGGAGCCAGAAGCAGAAACAACUUCCAGAAUGCAGGGCACGUCAGGGAAAGCACAAAGGCCAAAGAGUCUCCAGCUGGGAGACAACAGACUGACUUUGCUCCAGGGCUCCUCACUGCAGCAGUCGACUUGCAGCCCACCUCCCAUCACCCCCAAAACCCCCAGGACACAGAGUUUCCCCUCGCUGCAGGCUGACGGGUUGGCAACCCCACCCCCCCCUCCACCCAAAAGCAAACCCUACGAGAACAGCAACCCCAGGAAUUCUGCAGAGGUUGCUCCACCGCUGCCCAGCAGGAGGGAAGCCAAACCUCCCCCUCCACCCCCAAAAACCAGGAAAUCCAGCGUUGUGUCCUCGGAGCAGGGGCUGCAGUGAGGAAGGAUCCAACCCCCAGGGUGCAGUGGCUGCUUCCCUGUCCUUGGAGUUUUCCUUGGGGAAACACCAAAAGGAACUGUUGUGGACUGUGUUCCCUAAGCCCUGCUCUCCCUGUGACACUAAUCCCUGCUGGAAUUCCUGCUGUCUGCCCUGAGUUUGCUCACUGCUGCACUUCCAGCAGCUGUAAAUGUGUAAAUGUGCCCCAGGAAUGAUUUGCACCGGGGGUCUGAUGCAAGAGGGAGGCUCAGCAGUGGGAGAUGAGUCCAGCAGUGUUUCCAUGUGAGUUUUAGCUGUGUUUGUGAUCCCUGAUGAGCCAAGAUCCCAUGCAGUGGAGCAGAUCCCAGCCAUUCCUGCUGGGAUUCCUGAGCUGUCAGGUGUGGGGAGUUCCCCAGUCCUUUGUCAGGAUUUCACUGGUUUUUUUAACCCCACAGAGCACUUGAGAUCCUCCCUGAGUUCUGUCCCCUGCGUGGUCCAUUCCUGUUGUCCUGGACUUGGGACAAAACUUCAUCUUUGUGCUUUUUAAAAGGAUAUAAAAGGUCUCUCCUGUGAAAAUAAGAGAUGAAGAGAAGCUGCACCUUUCCCAGGGGCUGCACUGGUCCCAGUUGCAUUGGUCCCAGGAUUAUACUGGUCCCAGUGGCACUGAUACCAGGGGCUGGACUGGGCCCAGCAAUUUGGGGAGGAUGGGAUGUGCACACCCAGUUCUCCAUCCUGACCUCUGAUCAUCUCCUCAAACCUUGCCUUUGGCCAGGCAAAUUCACACACACACACAAAAAAGGAAUUCUCUUUUUUUAUCCCCUGCCCACAUUUGUGGCAGUUCUUGCAUCUUGGUUUAGAACCUCCCUUGAUCCAGGUUUUUAACAGACUAGACUUCAAGGAGCCUUUCUAGAUCUGGGAUGUGAAAUAUUGACAAUUAACCACCUCCUUUCCUGUUGCUCGGAUCACUCCACUCUUUUCUUCCCUCUGAGGAUGGGGGGGGAAUCUAACUAAAUCUAUUUAAUUUUUUCCUUUAAUCAUUUAUUCCCUGCUCUGCCUGGAUGUCUUUCUACUUGCACAGAGAAAAAUCAACAUGAUUUUAGGUUCUCAUGUCUUUAUACGUCACCCCAAAGCUGCAGAAAAGCAAGAGCAGUUGGAGGUUUCCUUGAGUGGUAAGAAUUAUUCUCUUGUCCCAUUCAGGCAGAGGGUUUUGCCUCUGGGACUGCCCAGUUCAUGUCCUGGCUGUUAUUUUUCCCAGGGAUUGGCAAAAAUGUGACUUCUUCUUGCUCCCUUUCGCUGUGGAACUCGGGAAACACGAGAGUUUUGCCUGCAAAGUUUAGAUUGGAACUUCUUGGAGACUUCAGAGAUUUCUUAAAACUCACAAAGAGGAAUUUGGAUCCAAAUUUCUGAACUUUUUAUAUAAAAACUUUGGCUGUUGGGAGUUAAUUUGUCAUCACUAGUAAGGAAGAUUUUGCCAUGGGCUUCCUCUUCUAGGGAAUUAUUUUACUUAUUCACUGUAAAUUGUCAUUUAAUUUCUGGAUUUCUGGGACAGGUUGGGGGGAGCCACUAAAAGCCUGCUGAGGAUGUUGCUCCCAGUAGGAAAUAGGAUUAACUCUCGGGUUGGGGGUUUUUUGAAGGCCACUGCACCUCACCUGACUGAAAUGGGUUUCAUCCCAGCCAGAAAUGGUUCCCAAUGCAACAAAAACAGGAAGUUUGUUAAACCUCAGGGAAGUUUUUCAGGGAAAAGCCAACCCAGUGAAGGCCCAGGGGGUUUUGUUCAGACUGAAGUUGUCCUUUCUCCUGUUCUCCUGCAUUCCUGUGACUCCUGAGUGACUCCAGGAGCUGCUGGCUCUGUCAGGCAGAUUGUCUCCAUCCCAGAGCCCUCCUGCCUUGCCAUCACCCCCAGGCUGGAGAUGUUUCAGAGCUUGCAGGGCAGUCACAUCACAUCCAUUCACAGCCCGUUUGCUGCACACACUCACAGCUGCCUCUGGAUUCCCAAAGGAAUCUUGGAAACCUUCCUGGACACCCUGGCCAGGUCCCCCCCCCUUCCCUGGAGCACUGGAGGAGGUGUCAGCUCCUCGUUAUGUUCUGGGACACAGACACUGCUUGACUGGAAAACCACAGGGGGUUUUCUUGCCUUUCAAUCUUUGUCCACUUCUUCCCCACUUUGAAACCACUUUCCUCCUCCUGCUGCUGCUGCUGCUCAGGGGAACUCGAGGAUCCUCCCAAACUUCACUUGAAGGAGAACUUUUCUGACUUCCUGGGAGAAUUUUGCUCCAGGCAGAGCAGCAGGACGUGGGCUGAGCUUUCUGAAGUGCAUCUUUCACAGCCCCUGUCGUUAAUUCGGGUUUUUCCUGGAGGAGGGAACCGAUCCAUGCAAAAAAAAAAAAAAACCUCCUUUACUUUGGCAAGAGUUUUUCAGCUGCCCUUUAUGCCCUUUCCACUUUGCUCUGUAACUUUGAGGAGGUUUUGGUUCUGGCUGCUCUUUGUCUUGUUAAAAUCUGAUUAUUGGAGGAGCCUCUGCCUGAAUUGAGGUGCAGACAAGGCCACGUGCCAAAGUCAGUGUUGUAUUUAUGAUUUAACAGUAAAUGUGAGGUGGAGAGAGAGAAAGAAAUAGAAAAGAGAGAGAUCAGGCAGAAGCCCCCCCAAAAAAACCUUCAUUUAACUCUCAAGUUUUUAAAGGCAAUUGGGCAUUUAAGUGUGUGACACAUUUAAGUUUGUGACUAAUCUGACUGAUUUUAAUUAAGUGAAAUUAAGUGCCCACAUUUAUGAGAAACCCCACCAGAGCCCUGAUUUUUUUAUUUUAUUUUUUUUUUAGGUGUUUGCUCUUUGCUCCAGUCCCUGCCUGAGUUCUGAGGUUUAAUUUUCACAGGCAAUUUAAGGUGUCUCCACUUAGUUUUUCAAACAAGAAUGAUCUUUUCAUGUGAAUUGGCUGCUCUUGGAAAUGCCUCCAGUGUGUUGGAAACCAGAGGGCUAAAAAAAUAAUGAGCAGGAUGGUCCAUAAUGACGCUCUCUGCAUAUGAGAAAUCAAACCAAAAAAUCAGGUUUGUUUUUUUUUACCCAAUUUAGGGUUUUAAACGCCAAAUCUCCCAGUCAGACACCCAGCCUUGCAGAGAAGACCAAACCUCAUCCUCGUCUCACAGCCCUGCUGUUCAAAGCUGGUGUCAAACUUCCAGUCUUGGAGGCUUUUUAAUUUUUCUGUCCCUCUGGAGAAACGUCCAGCCCUCGUUUGCUGGAGCUUUUUAAUUAAAAGGGCUCGUGCUGUGCUCAGUUCCUUGGGAGGGUGUUCCAGGCUCUCAUCCAGGGUGGGAUAGGGGAUUAUGGGAUUAGGGAAGGACAGGGAUUCCAAGGGGGAGCAGCUCUGGGAAGUUGGCCCUGCAGUGAUUUCCCCCUCAGAUUUUCUCUCCUUAUUUAUUCUUUGGGUUGUAAAUGGAAAUAAGAAGUUGAAAUCUGUAAUGUAACUGAUUUUAUAUAUAUAUAUAUAUAUAUAGUGAAAACAUUCCUGACCCAUUUCUGCUGCCUUAUUUUGAUUUUUUUAAAGAUUUUUAAAUUAAAAACUCUCUUAUUUUUACUACAUUUUGUUGCAGACCAAAUUCUCUGAUGUAUCAGGGCGAGCUUUUCCAAUCAAAAUUAAACAAUAAUGUGAUUUCCCUGCACUGGCACGUGAGGUUCACCUGAUUCUGCUCCAUUAACAUUAAUUAAAGCACCUUUUAGGACAGUUUGGCACUCCCAGAAUCUACUUCUCCCAUCUGGUUUGUAUUUUUAAACAGAGGUGGAAGUUCCUCAGCAGCUCCAAAAUCCAGGUACAUGGUAUUAAUUAAUAUAAUUUCUCACUGUGGUGUUAUAAAGGUUUAAUCCUGAUAAACCUUGCUGUGGAUUCAGGAAAAUUUGGAGCUUGUGGGCCCCCAACUCACUAACUCUGUAAAGCAAGGUGUAUAAACUUUCAUGUUUUGUUUUGUUUUUUUUUUAUUAAAUGUGUUGACUGCUGUAAAGUUUGUAAAUACCUUUUUAAAAUAAAUGUAGUUUUUAUGACUG